UUUUUUUUUUUUUACAUCAACCAUUAACCCCUUCCCAUUCCUUUCAAUUGUUCGAUCUUUUUUCUUUAUUUUUCUAUUAUCAUCAUCAUGAAAUUUAUUUAUUUUACUCUUGGUCUUGCUUCUCUUUGGUCCAUUUGUGUCAAUGCUGGUCUUACUGGAAGUGCCAACAUUACACCUCAAGAUUAUAUCGGUCUACCUGCUGCUGCAUUAGCCACCAAUCCACCUGCCUGUGGAAUGCCAUAUGCUACUCUUGACUUAUCGCGAAUCACUGCUGUGCAGAAUUUGAACGCUGGUACUGAUUGUAACAAAUGCAUCAAGGUUGUCAAUACAAAAGAUCCUUCCAAAUUUGUCUAUGUUCUUGCAGUGGAUUUGGGUGGAUCAGGAUUGGACUUGAGUAUUCCUUCAUUCAAGAAACUGUUUGGACAACAAUAUGAUGCAUCCCCUGCAAGUUGGUCAGAAACGAACUAUUCUAAUUGUGCUGGCAUCUAUAGUAAAGGAGCUAGUCCAUCCAGUGGCAAACCAAAACCUACUAGUACCACCAUCAAACAACAUACUACUACCACACACAGGCCCGCUACUACUACUAUUACUCAUGCCAAGGGCAAUCAUACUCGUAAACCUAUACGCAAACCUACCACACAUAGCAAACCAAAGCAUACUCACAAAUCAACAUGCAAGCAUACCAGACAUAAUAAGGCAAAACCUACUCGUAAACCUAAUCAUCAUCCCAAGAACAAGAAGAAGUCAACUGCCAGUCGACGUAAACAUCAUCAUCAUCACUAGUGAUCAUUGAUUAUAUAUAAUUCAUGACAUGGUAUUUCCUUUUUUAUUUAUUUUCUAUUUUCUCCUAUAUCAGCAUCGAUAUUUUUUUUUUUUUUGGUGGGAACAUCUUAUUAUGUAUAAUUAACCAAUAAAAUCCAUCAGAAUUUAAAAAAAAA